AUCGUCCGUCUGCCGCCGGGGAUGCAGCUGCUGCAGAGAUGGAGUUGAAGCACAAAAACAACAAAGUGUCGGACAGAGUUUGAGACAAAGAGAGGGGGUCGAGCUGGUCCUGGAUGGAUUGUUGUUGAAUUUAAGAGAAAAAGAAAAAGAAAUCCUAAAGAAUGAAGCUGCUGAAGCCGAGCUGGGUGAGCCACAACGGCAAACCCAUAUUUUCCGUUGACAUCCACCCUGAUGGAACGAAGUUUGCAACCGGUGGUCAAGGAGAGGAUUCCGGAAAGGUGAUGAUCUGGAACAUGGCGCCGGUCCUCAGAGAGGAGGACGAGAAGAACGAGAAUAUUCCCAAAAUGCUUUGCCAGAUGGACAAUCACCUAGCGUGUGUGAACUGUGUGCGCUGGUCCAACAACGGCCUGUACCUGGCAUCAGGAGGAGACGACAAGCUGGUCAUGGUGUGGAAGAGAGCUGCGUUUAUCGGUCCCAGCACGGUGUUUGGGUCGAGCAGUAAGCUGGCUAACGUUGAGCAGUGGCGGUGUGUGACCAUCCUGAGGAACCACACGGGAGAUGUCAUGGACGUGGCUUGGUCUCCUCACGACGUGUGGCUCGCCUCCUGCAGCGUGGACAACACCAUCGUCAUCUGGAACGCUCGCAAGUUUCCAGAGAUGGUGACGUGUCUGCGAGGACACACCGGGCUGGUCAAAGGUCUCACGUGGGACCCGGUGGGGAAAUACAUCGCCUCUCAGGCCGACGACCACAGUCUCAAAGUGUGGAGGACGGUGGACUGGCAGAUGGACGCCAACAUCACCAAACCCUUCAGCGAGUGUGGAGGGACGACCCACGUCCUGCGUCUGUCCUGGUCUCCAGACGGUCAGUAUCUGGUGUCGGCUCACGCCAUGAACAACUCUGGUCCGACCGCUCAGAUCGUGGAGAGAGACGGCUGGAAGACCAACAUGGACUUUGUGGGCCACCGUAAAGCUGUCACUGUGGUGAAAUUCAACCCAAAGAUUUUCAAGAAGAAGCAGAAGAACGGCAGCGCUCCUAAACCCGGCUGUCCGUACUGCUGCUGCGCUGUGGGCUCCAAAGACCGCUCGCUCUCCGUCUGGCUGACCUCUCUGAAGCGCCCUCUGGUGGUCAUCCACGAUCUGUUUGAUAAAUCCAUUAUGGACAUUUCCUGGACUCUGACAGGUCUGGGGAUGUUGGUGUGUUCGAUGGACGGCACUGUGGCCUACCUGGACUUCUCCCUGGAUGAGCUGGGAGACCCCCUGAAUGAGGAGGAGAAGAACAGCAUCCACCAGAACAUCUACGGGAAGAGUCUGGCUAUAACCAGCACCGAGGCCCAGCUCUCCACCACCAUCAUCGAGAACCCCGAGAUGCUCAAGUACCAGCAGGAGAGACAGAUCUCAGCUCAGGCCCACUCGGGACCGGGCAGCACCGGACCCGAGUCCUCCACCCCCAAACUCAACAGUGUGAUGAACGGAGAGUCUCUGGAGGACAUCAGGAAGAACCUUCUGAAGAAGCAGGUAGAAACGAGAACAGCAGACGGCAGAAGAAGAAUCACACCGCUGUGUAUCGCUCAGCUGGACACCGGGGAUUUCUCCCCGGCGUUGUUCAACAGCGCUCCCAUCCUGCCCUCGGGUUCCUCCAUGUCCAUCCAGCUCACCUCUCAGCUCAGCUCAGACUCCAGCCCGGGGCCGGCCUCCUCUCUGGGGCUCCGGCCGAGCCACGACGCCAUGCUCACCUCGCCUCCGCCGGGCAGCUCGGCGAAGGGCCUGGAGGAGAACAAGGACGGUCUGAAGUCGUGUCUGCUGCUAACGUCCGCCUCCAAGAUCGAACCCAUGAAAGCUUUGGACUCCAGGUUCACGGAGAGGUCAAAGGCCACGCCCGGAGUCACCGCAGCCAUCACCUCCAUCGCCGGACUCACACCUUUAGAAAGCCGGCCCAAAGACGGCGUCUCCGCCCUCAAAGACAUCAAAUCCAAAGAGGACACCAGCAGCGACAGCGAGGACAAGAUGGCCUCCAUCAACAAGAACCUGUCGUUCAGCAAGAGGAAACCCGAGCUCAUGAUGGACGGGGGAGAGGUGGUGGAGAAAAGGAAGAAGGGACGGCCCAGGAAAGACAAGAUGGCCGCUCCCAUCACCCAACCCUUCACUCAGAUCACUACGACUGCAGAGCGGGAGCCCAGCAGGGUGGUAGCUCCGCCCCCUCCUGUCACUGUUCUCAAACUCCCGACGCCGAGUCUGAAGAAGGCGUUCAGUCUGCAGGUGAGCAUGGACCCCUCAGUGAUCCUGGAGGUGGAGAACGAGGUUUCUCUGGUUGCAGGUUCAAAGCUCAGUCAGCUGCGUUGCUCCAGAGAGGGGAGGGACUGGAACACGCUGCUGCCCAGCUCGGUGCUCUCUGCGGCGGGGAGCAGUGAUGUCAUCGCCGCCGUCAGUCAGGACAGGAUUCUGUCCGUGUUCUCUUCGUGUGGGCGUCGGCUCCUUCCAGCCAUCCAGCUGGCCACGCCCGUCUCUGCCUUGCACUGCUCCGCCCACUUUGUCAUGGUUCUGACUGCUGGAGCGGCACUCUCCGUCUGGGACGUUCAGAAGCAGAAGGCGGUGGUGAAGAACGAGUCUCUGUUAAAUAUUUUAUCAGGUGCUGACAUCACGGUGUCUCAGUCUCUGCUGACUCAGCAGGGAGUCCCUGUCAUCGGACUGUCCAACGGGAAGUCGUACUGCUUCAGCUCGUCGUUGGAGACGUGGACUCUGAUCGCAGACAGAGGAGACUCUCUGGUCCAGUGUGCUGACUUCAGGAGCUGCCUUCCCACCAAUGAGGCGCCCGUGUCCUCGGGGCCGCUCGCCGUCAUGCAGGGACGCAAUCUAAAUGCCGGGCGGCUGGCGUCCCGCCUCUCCUCUACGCCUCACCACCUGCAGCAGAGCAUGACGCUCGCCUUCCUGGAGAACCAGCUGGCGUCCGCUCUGACGUUACAGUCGGCUCAGGAGUAUCGUUACUGGCUGCUCAUCUACGCCCGAUUCCUCGUCAACGAAGGCUCUGAGUUUCGACUCAGAGAACUUUGUCAGGAGCUUCUGGGUCCCGUCCACAGAUCAGUCUCUACAUCGUGGGAGCCGACCGCUCUGGGUCUGCGUAAGCGGGACUUGCUGCGGGAGGUUUUACCCGUCAUCGGUGAGAACCUGAGAUUCCAGAGACUCUUCACGGAGUACCAGGACCAGCUGGAGCUGCUGCGCAACAAAUAACACAAACACACACACACACACACACACACAGGGAAACACAGACUGACACACACACAGAACGCUGCUCGUCUCUGAAUGUGUUCAAACACGUCCAGGUGUUUUCUGAGAACUUCAAUCAGAGCCGGUCUUCAGCUCACCGGGGGAGAAGUGGGUGCUUCAUUUUUUUAUUUGGAAUCACAAUUUCUUUUUGAACUCUCGUCUUUUGUCUUUUCUUUUUUUUUCCUGCUUACCUUGUUGCUCUGACCUUUGACCUCUCUCCUGAACUCCUAAUCAUGAACUUGUAAAGAAUAUCUAAAGAGCGAGGCUGAGAGAGGUCGUGCAGCGUCAGCAGCUGUUCAAUCACUCGCCGAGGGGAGACGCUCGGAGAAGAGACAAAAGAAUCAGAACGGAUGGAGAGGAGCGAUAAACCAAAGUGAUGCAUGGACGAAUAACCAAGAGACGGGCCCGUUUGUCCUGAA